CCAAAGCUACCAGAACUAGACAAGGCAAAUCUGAUCGCGAACAAGAAAAACUUUCAAGCGUAAGUUCAAGUUCUGAUUCAAUAAUUGAUGAUACCUUAAGAAGUAUAUUUGAUUCGCCUAUGGAUAUUGAUGAUUGGAUAUAUGUAGAUGAUAAAUCUUUAACAAAUUCUGAAGUUAACGAAUUUUCUAACAGUUCUGAAAUUGAUGAAUUUUCCAACAGUUCUAGAAUUGAUGAAAUUUUUAAUAAUUCCAAAAUUGAUGAAUUUUCCAGCUCAAGUGAUUCUCUUAUUACAGUUAAUCAUGCAGGUAGUAAUCAACUAUCAGAUGAAAUGGCUUAUGCUCUAAGAUUAUUUGAGGUUACAUCACGUUGUAACUUAAUAGAUGAUGCCUUUCGGCAAACUAUGCUAGCAGUUAAUAAUGGUAAUAUAAGCCAAUUUCGAAUCAAAAAGAAGCUAAAAUCUAUAGAAAAUUUAGAACCGAUAUGGAUUGAUAUGUGUAUUAAUUCCUGUUGUGCAUAUACUGGGCGAUAUAAGGAACAUAUUCAAUGUGAAUAUUGUGGAAUACCAAGAUAUCAAAAUGCAAUAUCAAAUGUAGAUCUUAUUUCUUGA